AUGGAUUCCCUAAGCACGUCCAACCUCUCCGCCUACGCCUCCUCCGACCCCAAGACCGCCGUGAUGCAGCAGAUCCGGCAAGAAGCCGCCGUGCAGAACGCGCGGCAGCUCGUCGAGAAACUUAACGAGCACUGCUUCACAGCCUGCAUCCCGAAACCGGGCUCCUCGCUCUCGCGCGCCGAGGAGACGUGCUUCUCGGCGUGUAUGGAGAAGUACAUGGCCGCGUGGAAUACCGUUAGUCGGCAGUAUGUUGCGCGCAUACAGCGGGAGGCGGGGCAAGGGGGGUUGGGUGGGAAUUUCUAG